AAGCCAUUUUCUGCUAAUCGAUCGCGUCAUUUUAGAAGCUUUUUCCUUCUGUCAUAACGGGGAAAUAAUAAAAAAAACUCCAUAUUUUUUGUUUUGCUCAUUCGUUUGCUUAUUUUUAUAUUUUAUGGAAUUGAUUAAUUACUGAAAGUUCAAGAUGUGUUCGGAAUCAGUGCCGAAGGAAUUUGAAAAGACAACAGAGGUCCUACCUUUUACUAAAUAUGGAUUAUCAUCAAUGGAAGAGUUCCGGAAAGCUGAAGAAGAAGUUCAGCAUCAGGAAUGGCUAAAGAAAGCUGGUCUGACCAGCGAGGACAUAAAGCUUUAUCAAGAAAAUGAGGCAGGACUUCUGGACCAACGAAAGAAGAUCGAAUCUGGAGUCCUAAAAGAUAAAUUGGAAGAAAUAUACAAUAAAAUCAGCAAUAUGCACAAUGAGAGUAAAAGAUUUACUUUCAGUGACAAUAUUUCCAAUAAGGAUGAACAGCCAAGCACAUCAACUGCACCUGAAAAUCUCAUAGAACGACUGCAGCAGAAGCCUCUAACCUUCUACCCUGAGGGUCACCCCAUGAACGAGCUGAAACAACUAGAAGAGAACCUAGUUGGUCACAUAAAAACCGACAUGAUACCGUUGAGUAAAAGACGUAAACUGCUCAGACGUUUACAAAGAAAAAAAGAAAGGUUACUUCAAAAUAAUCCAUUUAACAUCAGCACAAUACCUAGUACGUCUCGCGUCGAUCAGCCAGGCAGUCUUUGGGAUAUGCGUGAAAUGCCACGUUUAAUUCCUCAUACCGUUACCAGUAGGGACCAGGAGGAGAAUGUUAUGGGGCCUCAUUUACGGACAAUGUAUACUGUGAGAGACAAUAAGAUCGUGAGACUUGAACCGGUCCAGGCUAAUCAGGAUGAUCAGGUUGAACAAGAUGAGUAUAGGGCGGUAGACAUUGUGGUACCAGUCAAUGACGCUGAAGCCCAGUUACUGGAGGGAACUAAAAUGUGUCUGGAUGAUAUCAAGAAAAUGGAACGAUUUAAGGAUUAUGAACCUGGGAUACCUUCCAAGGUCCUAUAUUUGAAGAAUAUAGCUCCAGCAGUAACUCAAGAGCAACUAUCACUGUUGUUUAACCAGUUUGUGUUAGCCAAUGGUGGUCCCGUCGACUUGCGGCUCAUGACCGGCCGUAUGAGAGGGCAGGCUUUUGUGGCCUUCCAAAAUGAGGAGCUCGCAAUCCAAGCACUAGAAGAGAUCAACGGUACCAUUUUGAGCGGCAGACCAGUCAUUGCAGAGUUUGGCAGGAACACAAACAGGAUUCAAGAUGAUCACAGAUAAAUCCACUAUCUUAUUUCAAUUUUGAAUGUCUUGUAGUAAAGUUGAUUCGACAGGAGAGAGACAUCUUUUGUGGUGUCAACUCUUGAAUUCGAAAAUCGCUUCGGGCGAUGCGUUUUUGUCGUACGACGACGUAUAUGCUAGAAGUCGCGCAACGAAAUUCGAUCAAAUCAGUUGCUUGUCGACUCACAGUCCUAAGAGGGUCAAGAGCCUAAGGGUAGAUUGAAUAAGGAUUUGCUAAACUUAUUCUGCCCUAAAAGCUGUGUAUAGAUAGUUCAACUCAGAUUUGCGCGCGGCCCUAUGUGUGCGUCGGCUUGUAAAUAUACAACUUUCAUUCGUGUGACAGUGACGUCGUCCAAGCAUGACGUGUUCUUAUCACUUUUUCUUAUGGGUACAGUCGUUUACGAAAAUACUAGUUAUUCGCGGAGAAAUUAUUAAGGAGUCAGAUAAAGUGUUUCAAAAAAUAAAACGACAUUCAAAGCUUUUUACUAUUAAAUAUAGUUUUUCAUUAUUUUUUCAUACGUCUUUUCAAAUUGACAUUGACAGUAUCUAAGAAUUGAAUACUCCUUAAGUACAUAUUUUCUAGCUCGGGGUACGCAGACAAUAAAUAAAAGUGUGGACUAAGAAUGUAAAAAGAGGUAUAAUCUAGUAUAAUAAUGUAAACAAAAUGUGUGGGGAAUUUUAAAAAGUUAUAUUGCUUCGCAUAAUGUCGACCAAAAUAACAAAAUAAUGAAACUCAUAAAUGAACGUUUAAGUCAAAUUGAUGCAGGGAUGUGGCGUAAUACUUGUCGACAUGUAGAAAAGAAAAAAGAAGAAUACUAUAGACAUUUUGACAUUGGAGUCAGAAUUUAUAAUUCUCCUUGGAGAGUAGCGAAUCCGAAAAUUCAUCAUUUGAUUUUUCAAAUAGCGAUUCAUAAUCAUUAUAAAUAAAUAAACAUUAAAUUACGUAAUAA